AUGUCCGAUCGCCCCGAGACCGUCCUCCAGACCCCCCAGUUCGACGCCCGCUUCCCGAACGUCAACCAGACCAAGAACUGCUGGCAGAACUUCGUGGACUUCCACCGCUGCGCCAACGCCCGCGGCGAGGACUUCCCCGUCUGCGUCCAGUUCAAGAAGACCUUCACCUCUCUCUGCCCGAUUGAGUGGGUCGACCGCUGGACCGACCAGGUCGAGAACGGUGUCUUCCCCACCAAGCUCGACUAA